AUGCUUACUGGUACAGACUUUAUCAAGACACUGAUAGCUAGAUAUGCUUCAACGUUUCCGUCGAAUAAUGUCAGUCGUGCAUUCGAAUGCAAUGGUUAAUUGUCACAUCAUUUUAAUCAUUCCUGUUUUUCCUUUUCCCUAGUUCCAUCUCUUUUUUUUUCUUAUUUCUUGUUUUUUUUUAAUAAUUCCGUCGUGAGUUUCGUCGCCCGAUAUCGUAGUGAGAGUGUAAAUUAAUUGAAAAAAAUACGCGAUUAAAAGACCUGAGAGGGAAAAAAGCAAACACACCGCAGAGCAUAAGAGCGGAUCGGGGACGUAAUCUCGCUUUAUCGAAAAAGUGGUGCGUUAGCCUCUCGGAUUCUGAACUGGUGGAUCUGUCUGAGCGUGGAUUGAAGAAAGAAGACUUUUUCAUGAAGAUUCAAACGCAGAUCAAUCUGCAAGAAGUCACCGAUCUUAUUCUACGGAAGAAUGAAUUCGACAGUUUUCUCGAUUGUUCUACGAACCUUGUGAGUCUGAGAACUCUGGACCUGUCGCAGAAUCAUCUCCAAAGGUUCUUCUUCCUCUGCAAGGACGAGUACAAUUUGCAAGUGUUAAACGUCAGUCACAAUAAGCUUGAAUACAUCGAUGACAAUGCCUUCAACGACCGAAUUCCGAAGCUCAAGAUACUCGAUCUCUCGUGGAAUAGACUAUCGAUCGUUAACGAGACUAUGCUCGAGCAUUUCAAAGUUUUGGAGUACCUUACGUUAGCCAACAAUCCGAUCAACAACGGAAUUCAUGAAAACGCUUUCUGGAACUUGAAGGCGCUGCGAUAUUUGAGUCUGAGCAACGUGUCGUCGUCGUAUUUCUCCUCCGAGUUUUUCAAAACGCUGACCAACUUAUCUACCCUAGAUUUGUCAGAAAAUCCCAUCGGUGCGAUUCCAUUGCUACCAGCCAAUCUGGAAGAGCUCGACUUGUCCAACACUCACGUGUCACGAUUGCGAGGCAUUUACUUACCCGGUUUGCGAGAAUUGAAACUGAACAACAUGAAAAAUUUGACGGAAUUAUUGCUCAAUGAGUUCGAAAAUUUGACCAGUCUAGAAACAUUAUCCACAGACGGGUCGAAGGCACUGACGUUUUUGAAAAUGAAUCCGUUUAACGAUCAUAUUUUGCCACGACUGCAACGACUCUCGGUGAGGGACUGCGGACUGAGAACUUUGUCGCCCAGCCUCGUGUCGAUAAUAAAGAGAACGCCGAUUUUGAACCUGGAGAACAAUCCUUGGCACUGCGACUGCAAAAUGCGGUGGCUAAGUGUGUCAAAUGCAACAAAGCUUGUCAGCCGACAAAUCAAGUGCAGAAGCCCAAAGCAACACGCGAACAAACAACUAAGCGAGAUACCAAGUUACGAGCUCGAAUGCGAUGACGAUGGAUCGAUGUUCCAUCCAGUGUUGUGGGCCUCGGUUUUUAUACUGGUCGUGGCAAUUACCAUGACCGUGGGCUUCUUCCUGCUGAGACGACCGCUCGGUCGCUGGGACAUCAGGCGGAAGAACCGGGACACGGUCACCUACACGAACGUCGACGAGUCGUCGAACGAUUUGGUGAGAAUUCUGGCGGUCAACGAACGAAACGAGGAGUGAAGCAAACGCGGAACAAAGGCGAAAGAACAAGAUUUCUAGAAAUGUAUUAACUUAGGAUAUAAACGAUACCGAGUUUCUCGACUUGUGGGAACAAAUGGGCUAAGUCUAGUUCCGUAACUAUGAAUCGUACCGAGUUUCGUACAAACUGACGUGUAGGAUGUUUCAUAAUUUCGAUGAUCGCAGAAAUAAAUCAAAAGUGUAGGAAACCUUUUGUUUCCAAAAGAUUCGACUUUGCCAUUGUGGCUGAUUGUGAGUAAUGCUGUAAUGAUUAAUUGUAAAAUACGUCUACUCAGUUUUCAAGUUUUCAGAGAAAUAAAAUCGGUGGCCAGUUUAUCUACAUAAAUGCAUACGCAUGAAGUUUCGUUCUUGCUUUAUUUUUGCGCAUCUUCUGUCUACUUGUACAAUACCAGAAGUUAAUCUAAUCCGCAGGAAGAUAUCAGUUCCGAGGCGUUGAAGUGUGAAUUCGUUGACGUUUUGAACUCUCUGCGCAGAUAUUGAUAUCACGGCGUGAAAGUUCGCGAACUAUCAUCGAUUAACCGUUUGUUUCUCGCUGUUCGAUGGAAAUUUCAUCGACCGUCGAACGCGCGUUCGGCGUCGCCAAUUUUGGAGCAUCCUGUACGGCUAAUUUUCUAUACACUUUCUAUAUACAGCGGCAAACACGAACCGGCGGUGGAAUUAACGAUGUCUUCAUAUAUAAAUAGAUUUAACGAGUAACAUUGUACAGCGGGUGGGCAUCAAUAGGCUUUUGUGCCGAGUUGCCACGCGUCGAAACGCGGAAAAACGAGCCAUAAAUACAGAAGGGCAGCGUAACAGCCCAGACUCUGGCGCAUCCCUUGAACAUCGAAACACCCGUAGCAACCUCGAGUGCUUGGGCAUCGUCUGGAGUGGCACGACCAACAAUGUGGGAACUUCUUUGUGAAUCGAAUAAAACGUCUUUUUGUCGGGGCACACAUAUCGUCGUGUUUUUCGAAACCCUUUACCACCGCACCUCUUCUCAUCGAUUUCGAAACGGAAUGCCCGCGGUACAAAAGAGAACGGAUACAAAGCAGUCGAUGGCUCAUUUCCUCUGAAAGAUCCGCGCGCUCUAUCACGAUUCCACGCAUCGACGAAUUCGCCUGUCUUCCUUUUCGUUCCAACAUUAAUUGAUAUUCUUCCCUUUACGACCAAUUCGAGCCGAAAAAUAUAUAUAUAUAUAUAU